AUGGCGCGGUUUUACACGCAAUAUGUGGAAAAGGCGACUCCCUCAAAGGCAAGAUCGUGUCGGUCUCCCAAGAAAUCAGGGAUAAGAUUUGAGCAACGUUCCCCUCUCGCGCACAAGACAGGUCAGGUCAAGCCGAAGCCUUUCCCUCCUAGCGCUGUCCGCGUCUCGAAGGUCAAGAAGGAUCGUGAGCCUUUCAACCUGUCCACGAAGAAACGAGGGGAGGAAGAGCAGUCUAUGUUCGACAUCUACCGUGACUUCGGGCAGCAACAUGAAGACGAAGAAUCUGAAGGAUCCGACGAGGAAGACGAGUUUGACUGGGACGAAGAGACCACUCUUGUCGCGAUGCUCCAAGAAGAAUCUCCUUCUUCGUCCGACUCCGACCUUAUUGCUCUUGCGGAGCAGCUGAAGGCCCCGAUGACUGCGCAAGGCACUAUACUCAAGCAGGAUCUCGUUCAAACCCUGGUCCCGGCUACGAAGCGCGUCAAGGAAGCACACAAAAUCAUAGAAGGCAAUAUCGACGUCGAGUACGGUAAGGGACUGCUCGCGUUCAACGAGGCCAGCAAGAAAGUGGAAGGUAUGUGCAUACAAGACGAGGAGGACCUCAAGGAGGUGUAUGUCAAACAUCAGACGAAGAUCAAGGACUUACUUACUCAGUUGAAGGCGGCCUAUGUUCGACGCGACCGCAUCUUCUCAGACUUCCAGAAACUUGUGGACGAGAGCGCCGAUCGUGCCUGCGCGGACCUACGGUCUCUUCCGGCUACUGUGGACCGGACGAUCAACGCCUUAGAGAACAAGAGCAAGGAAGUCUUCAAGGACACCGGCAACGCCGCCAAAACCAAGGAGAAGGUGCUCAAGGGCCUACUGGAGAAGCUCUGA